GUGUUUAUCUUCGUCAAUGUUAUCCUGAUAGACAGCCUAAUAAAGUAGGAAUGUCAGGUGUCAAACAAUUGAUUUUGUUGCUUCUUUUUCGGAUAUGUGUUUCUACAGAUUCAUACAAUGAAUUUAUGACAUGGGAGAAAGCAAAAGACAAUUGCAUGUUAGCAACACCGGAGUUUAUUUAUGAUGGUGAAAUCUUUACUGUAAAUGAUGAUCAGAACUUGACAAAUAGUAUGGAAGGAAGGUGGCUUGGAUACUACAAAAAUAUGCGGGGGUUUGAGUAUUUUGGAUGUAUUAACUAUCCGGAAAUGUUUGGAAUUCCACCGAAACGAAUUGGAAAUAAUUCACCAGGAAAUUGUUUUUCCGUAUGUUCACGAAGAGCAACAUUUGUUGGACUAAUGGGUCAAGAGUGUUAUUGUUUUAAAACGAUCACAGCAGAAGAGAAAGUUGUUAGCAAUGCGUCAUGUAAUGAAUCAUGUCCGCCACCAUCUGAAGGUUUAGCUUGUGGGGGACAAUCAUUUAUUUCUUUAUAUGUGGUUAAUAAAAAAGUUCUAAACAUCCGUAAGGUGUUUGGUCAAAAUAAAAAUAAAAGUAAUUGCGUCAGGCUGGAAAGCGACAAGAAACUUUUGUGGGAUCAGUGCGACUCUGCGUUACACAAUAAAUGCUAUGAUGGAACAACAGCUUACGAUGUGCCUGCUCCAACGACAGGUCGGCAAUAUUUUCCAUGGUAUUGGGCAAAUAACUUAUGUUUUGGCAGCAAUGUUCGACCAUUUUUAUAUGAAAAUGCUGUGAACUUUAACGGAACAACUUUAGAGUCUUGGACAGGAAUGUGUCGCAGUCUGUCAAUCUUCACAUUCUCAGAACCUAUUAUAGGAAACGUUCAUUUGGAAUACGGGUAUUUGAAAAGAUGUGAUGCUUCUGAUAAGUACGAACUUCAUUUUACUAGAAACAUGCAAGAACAAAAGAAAUCGCUGUGCAAAAGCGAUAGACAAACAUCAAAAGAGCAACACAAAACCGGUGAUGGUGGAAAUUCAGAUACAGAUGUAGGUUUAAUUGUAGGAUCAAUAGUUUCUGCUACCCUGCUUAUUGUUACCAUAGUGAUAAUUCUUGUUCUAGGCAAGCGGAGGAUACUCUUAGUUCAAUGCUGCAAGACAAAAGACCAGACACUGAGUUUUACCAACCAUCAGGGUGCUAAUGAGCAUGUUGUAACAGGAAGAAGGAAUUCAAACGAGCUCGCUUUGCCCGGCCAAAUUAGUGGUUCCUCAUACCAAAAUGUUGAAGUACCAUCUAGGGAGAUCACUGAUCCGCAUACAUAUUGUGCACUUGAACAUAUCGGACGGAGAACAAAUAAUAUGGAAAGUGAAUACAGUCAACUGUCGUUAUCUUGAUUUUGCAUGGAUUGUCAAAAAGAAGUCAUGGUACCAAUGUGGUGAAACGAAGUUUUUUAAAUCUUUUUGAGGAUCUUUUUGAAAUCUGGGAAAAUUCUUUCUGUCAGAAACUCAUGCAUGUAUAUUAUGUUUUCUCUUCUGUUGGUCCAAAUUGGCCUGAUUGGUUCAAGAUCACUAUGAUUUCUAUUAUAAUGAUUUAUGAUUUCUUGUUAAUUUUUGUCUAAAGUUACAGACUUUAAAUAAAUGCUUUAGUCCAUCGUCAAUGACCUUCAUCUACAAGUUUUUAUUUUUAUGAAAGUUACUGUAAUUAUUUGUGUAUCUGAAUACAUUGUAUUU